AUGCAGGCCAGCAGUGGCAUAUCGGUGCUACAGGCCUCUCGGGCAGUUUCGUCACUCGCUCAUGGGGCCGCCGCUGUCCUGUCCUGGGGCCUCGGCCAGCAGGGCGCGCUGGGAAUCCGCUCGGAUCGGGACCACUACGAGCCAGAGCACAUUCCUGACCUGCCAGACAACGUCGUGGCGGGCCAGCUGUUUGCGUGGGGGCGCAACAAGGAGGGGCAGCUGGGCAGGGUGCUGGCGCCUGGCGAGUUUGACUUCUCGGCAGCGCCUCAGCCGGUGGAGGCGCUGAGCAAGGAGCAUAUCGUGGCCGCCACCGGCAGCGGCGUGGCCUCCUUUGCGCUCUCCCGCCACGGCGCCCUGUUUGUGUUUGGCGCCAGCAAGCGCGGGCAGCUGGGCCUGGGGCCCGGCCAGCCAUCGGCGCCGCACCCGCAGCAGCUGCGCCUGCCGGCGGCGGCGGUCCAAGUAUCCGCUGGGUGGGGGCACGCCGCCGCGCUGCUGGACGAGGACGAGGAGGAGGGGCGGCUGGUGGAGCGGAGCUGCUGGGAGCCGCGGCGGGUGGACCUGUUGGCAGGGAUGGUGUGCGGCUUUGACCACACAAUGGUGCUGGCAGAGGAUGGCUCGCUGUUCACGAUGGGCGACAACUCUCUAGGGCAGCUGGGGAGGCCCAGCCAGCCGCAGGCACGCCCCGGGGCUGCUGCUGCGGCGGGCUGCAGCCUGCCUGGCGAGCACCUGGCGCCCAGUUGCGCCUCCAGCUGGAUAGUCAACCCCGAGGCCGACUGCGGGCGGCGCAUCAACCACCCCCGCCCGCAGGUGGCGGCGGGGCUGGGGCACUGCCUGGGGGUGCUGGCCGACGGCGGCGUGGUGUCCUGGGGGUGGAACGGCGGCGGCCAGCUGGGGCUGGGCCAGUUUGUGACGGAGGAGUGUAUCCCCAGGCCCACACCCAUCUACGGAAUCCCUGCCAACAGGCACGCUCUGAUUGCCGCGGGGCGGGUGCACAGCGUGCUUGCCACUGAUGAGAUCGCCGACCGCGGCAGCGCCUUUGAGGCGCAGGGCUGCGCCAAGGCGCCCGUGCUGACCAUGUGCCACAGUUGGGGCAGCGCGGCCAAUGGGCGGCUCGGCACGGGCCAGCUGGAGGACUCCCACUUUCCGGAGCUGGUGCCGGAUUUGGAUGGGGAGCAGAUAGUGGGGCUGGCCUGCGGGCUGGACCACACGCUGGCCCUGGUGAGGAGCAUGUAA